AUGGCAAAGUCCGAGUUCACCACUGAACCCAUUGCCAUUGUGGGAAGCAGCUGCCGCUUCCCCGGCAGCUCAAGCUCCCCAUCAAAGCUAUGGGAGCUGCUAAAGAACCCCAAGGAUAUUCUCAAGGAGAUACCAGAAAGUCGUUUCAAUCCAGAAGGAUUUUACAACGACAAUGGAGAAUACCACGGCAGCACGAAUGUGAGGCAUUCGUAUCUCCUCGACGAAGAUUUCCGCGAAUUCGACCACAACUUCUUCAAUAUCCACCCAAAAGAAGCAGAGUCUAUGGAUCCCCAGCAGCGCAUGCUACUGGAGAUUGUUUUUGAGUGCAUGGAAGCGGCAGGAUACUCGAUCCAAGAGAUGAAGGGAUCUCAGACUGCCAUUUUCGUGGGACAGAUGACUCAGGACUACUCCGAUUUAUUACUGCGAGACGUAGACAGUGCACCACAGUAUGCAGCGACCGACACGGCAUGUUCGUCAAGUUUGGUAGCAUUGCAUCAUGCCGUGCAAACACUCAGGAGCGGAGAAUCGUCACUGGCGGUGGCAGCCGGUGUGAAUUUGAUUCUCGGCCCUGAUCCAUAUAUCCUCGAAUCCAAGCUUCACAUGUUAUCUCCGACAGGCAGAUCACGCAUGUGGGACGCUGGAGCUGAUGGCUAUGCGCGAGGUGAAGGCUUUGCGUCAGUGCUUCUCAAGACUCUGAGCCAAGCAAUUGCAGAUGGUGAUCAUAUCGAGUGCAUAAUCCGAGAAACGGGCGUUAACCAGGAUGGUCGCACAUCUGGUAUCACCAUGCCUAGCUCUACAUCACAGACAGCCUUGAUUCGGUCUACAUAUGCCAGGGCCGGCUUAGAUUGGCGGAAAAAGGAGGACCGUUGUCAGUAUUUUGAGGCUCACGGCACAGGAACUAACGCAGGAGAUCCAAUCGAAGCUAGGGCGGUUAGAGACGCAUUCUUCCCAGAGAACGACGAAGACGAAGAUCGCUCGACAAGUCUUGAAGCGGAUGAGCCUCUUUAUGUUGGAUCAAUAAAGACGGUAAUCGGCCAUUUGGAAGGAACUGCAGGUUUAGCUGGAUUAUUGAAAGCCUCUCUGGCUAUCCAGAACGGAAUAAUCCCUCCCAACAUGCACUUUAACAAACUCAACCCCAAAAUCUCGCCCUUCUACACUAACCUCCACGUACCGACGAAAGCCAGAGCAUGGCCUACACUGCCUCCUGGUACUCCAAGGCGCGCAAGUGUCAACAGCUUUGGAUUUGGAGGAACCAAUGCGCACGUCAUCCUUGAGAGCUGGGCUCCUGAGGACAUUCAUCAGGAGGAUGCUCUUCAAGUUCCUUGCGGCCCGCUCACUCUGUCCGCCAACACAGAGAAGGCUUUGUUGGCCAGGGCUCGCCAUAUUUCGGAAGCUUUGAAGGCUGGCAAAAUAGCAAAUCUCUCCAACCUAGCCUGGACGAUGCAGUGUCGUCGCACACAAUUCCCAUACAAGAUGUAUGUCUCUUCAUCUACCGCCGAAGGACUCAUCGAGAAAUUAGACGAUGUGGAAUCAAAGUCAAACUCAAUCGCUACGAAAGGAAUUCAUGUUACGGAGGAUCUCCCAGCGCGGAUAUUGGGCGUCUUUACAGGCCAGGGUGCUCAAUGGCCUUCUAUGGGCCGCCGUCUUUAUGAGAAAUCAGCCACCUUUAAACACACGAUUGACCGGCUUGAAAACUCCCUGAAGAAUUUGCCCGAUGCGCCAUCCUGGUCGCUUGUGUCCGAGCUAAUGGCAUCACCCGAAAAGUCCAGAAUACACGAGGCAGCCAUCUCACAGCCUUUAUGCACAGCCUUGCAAGUUGCACUUGUCGAUCUUCUCUAUGCUUCCGGCAUCACGUUCAGCGCUGUUGUCGGCCACUCAUCUGGAGAGAUUGGCGCGGCUUAUGCUGCUGGUUAUAUCGAGGCUGCCGAUGCGAUCCGGAUCGCGUACUACCGUGGUGUUCACGCUCACUUGGCUGGUGGACCAAACGGUCAGAAAGGCAAGAUGAUGGCGAUUGGCAUGGGACUGGAGCAAGCGCGUGCAUUCUGCUCACAAGAUAAACUUGCAGGCAGAAUUCAUGUAGCAGCCAGCAAUUCUCGAUCCAGCGUCACUCUUUCUGGUGAUGCAGAUGCCGUGGAUGAAGCCAAGGAGCUACUUGAUGGCCAGCAAUCAUUUGCAAGACUUCUCAAGGUUGACAAAGCCUACCAUUCGCAUCAUAUGCAGCCUUGCGCAGGGCCAUAUCUUGAAUCCCUGAAAAGGCUAAAUAUCAGGAUUAAGACUGAUAAGCUGAAAUGCAAGUGGUACUCUAGUGUUUACGGUUCAAACGGCCGCUCGAUUGACGAUACGGAUGCUUUCAAGGAUAUCUACUGGGUAGAUAACAUGGUCAAACCAGUGCUAUUUUCGCAAGCUAUUGACAGAGCUGUUACUGAAGAGCACUGUCACGAUAUUGCAUUGGAAGUAGGGCCGCAUUUUGCCCUCAAGGCACCUGCAUCGGAGAGUUUGAAGAAUCUCACUGGUUUGGAUAUACCAUAUUCUGGUGUCCUAAGCCGAGGGCAGGAUGACAUGGAGGCCUUUUCAGACGCUCUUGGUUUUAUCUGGUCCAAGUUCCAAUCUCCUUCUCCCGUCGUGGAUUUUGCCGGAUUUAGAAAGGCAUGCCUUGGGGAUGAUGUUGGUCGGGCCAUGACUCUUAAAGGCCUCCCACCCUAUCCUUGGGAUCAUGCCAGUAAGCUGUGGAAAGAAUCCCGAAAGUCGCGAAUCUAUCGGUCCCGCAAAAACCCGAUUCACGAACUACUCGGUUACCCUACGUCUCAUGGAAACAAUCGCGAGGUCACUUGGCGCAAUGUGAUGAGAAUUCAAGAGAUGGAAUGGCUGCGAGGACACAUCUUCCAGAACCAAGUCCUCUUCCCAGCUGCUGGAUACGUGUCCAUGGCAUAUGAAGCAUCCAUACGUCUUGCAGCUGAACACGAAGAGGUGCGACUUAUCGAACUUGAGGAUCUAGUCAUUCACCGCGCUAUUACUCUGGAGGAUGAUGCAGCUGGCACAGAAGUGACUUUUACUAUCCGAGUCAUAGAUCGAUCCUCAGAUAACAUCACAGCUGAAUAUUCGUGCUACAGCUGCAAAGUGGAUGGAGAAGUCACUGAGCACUCUGAGAGUACAAAUUUCACUGGACGUGCAAUCGUCCGUCUUGGAAAGCCUGCUGUGGAUGCUUUGCCGCCCAGAAUUGCACCGAAGCUACCAAUGAAACCUGUUGGCGUAGAUCGUCUUUACAAGUACAUGGAGCAAGUCGGCCUUCGCUACACGGGAGACUUUACAAUUGAGGCUGUCGAAAGACGAUUGAACGUGUCGACGGUAACACUUAAGCGUCUUGAUAAUGAUAGGCUCCGUCUACAUCCUGCGACUCUUGAUGCUGCCUUUCAUGGAAUUUUCACUGCCUUGGCAUUCCCUGGAGAUGGCCAGCUUUGGACCCCAUAUCUUCCAACUAACGUGCGCCGUGUUCGCAUCAAUCCUGCUGCCUUGGAAGCCUCUGCAUUCGCAGAUGCAUUUUCCGAGCUGCUAGCUGACUGCUACCUCAGAGAUGCAAACUCAAAGAAAAUCCAGGGCGACGUUGAUAUUACUUCGACUGCCAUAGGACACCCACAGAUCCAGCUGCACGCUCUGACCUGCUCGUCUUUCACCAAGGCUACUCCACAGAACGAUCGUAAGCUUUUUGCAAAGACUGUCUGGAAGAGAGACAUUGCCAGUGGCAUUGAUCCUGAGAAGAUUGAGUACCUGACUGAAGAAGAGGUCGAGUAUGGCGAUACUUGUGAGCGUCUUGCCUACUUUUACCACAGGCGACUCCGCGAUGCGAUCAAGCCAGAGGAUAUCCCCAAGAUGGAUGAGCACUUCCAGAUCCAAUUUGACUGGAUUGUGAAUUAUCUUCUUCCCAAGAUUGAAGCUGGACAACACCCGCGUAUCAAAAAGGAAUGGGUUACUGAUACGGCGGAAGAUGCAGCAGCUUGGAGGGCGAAAUAUCCAGGAAUGGUGGAAUUGCAGAUGAUAUCGGCGCUCGGAGAAGUCCAGCCUUCCAUUCUUCGAGGCGAGCUACCAGCCUUGCAGGUCAUGAUGCAAGACGAUAUGCUCACGAGGCUUUACGCUGAAGCAGUCCCAUUCCGACAAACUUACAGUCAUCUUGUCACUGUAACCAGCCAACUGGCUCACCGUUACCCACGCCUGAAAGUUCUGGAGAUUGGUGCCGGUACUGGUGGUGCUAGUGUCCAUAUGCUGAAGGAACUUGUGGGCCGUUGCCAUUCGUAUACCUAUACAGAUAUCUCAGCUGGUUUUUUCGAAGCUGCGCAGGAGCGAUUCCGAGAGUACUCAUCCAUGAUGGAAUGGGCUGUGCUGGAUAUUGAGCGUGAUCCCCUGGGACAGGGCUUUGAAGAACAUUCCUUUGAUGUCAUCAUGUCUUCAAACGCUCUGCACGCUACCAAGUCCCUAAAAAAGACAUUGGCCAAUUGCCGGACUCUAUUGAAGGCAGGCGGUUACCUGAUUCUCAAUGAAGUUACCAAUGACGCCGUGCUACCGCAGUUCAUCUCUUCUCAUCUACCUGGAUGGUGGCUUGGGCGUGAUGAUGGGCGUGUCUAUUGUCCUACGACUUCUGAAGAACGGUGGAACAAAGAUCUACUAGCCACUGGGUUCUCUGGAGUGGACGCGGCGUAUAGAGAUUAUCACGAUCCCAAAAGAUACCUUGCGUCACUUAUUGUCAGCCAGGCAGUUGACGAGCGCAUCAACGUUUUGCGUGAUCCCACUGCUUGGACGAGCGCGAUACCUCAGGUCGAUGAUUUGAUCAUCAUAGGUGGACAAUCACCCGAAGUUGAGAAGAUUGUACAGACAGCAAGAGACCUCCUCCAGCCCAUCGCUUCCAACGUGACCCUCAUCAACAGACUUGAAGAUGUUAAAGAAGUCCCAGAUGGAGCUACUGUGUUGGUUCUCUCUGAGCUAGAUGUUCCAACGUUCCAAGACAUCACGCCGGAGAGAUUUAGUGGAGUUCAGUCAGUAUUUAAAGACUCCAAAUUUGUUCUCUGGGCCACGAAAGGAUGUCGCGCUGAGAAUCCGCUGAGCAACAUGGUUGUUGGCCUUGGCAGAGCUGCCAUGCACGAGCUGCCCAACUUGAGACUUCAAUUCUUGGAUGUGGACACGAUAACCCCAGAACCUCGAUUGUUUACUGAGACUCUGCUUCGUACAAUUUGCGUCAACUCCGGGGAUUUUGAGGAUGUACUGUGGGCUGACGAAUGGGAACUUGCCGUGGAGAAGAGCGGUCUCUAUAUCCCCAGAAUUGUUGCCAGCAACGAAAUGAAUGACAGACUCAAUUCCGUUCGGAGAGAUAUUACGAGUCCGUUAUCUCUGGCUGAGAACCGCGUCGAGUUUGUUGCCGCAGAAGGGUCCUAUUCAUUCCAAAGAGUGCAAAGCUCAAUAAAUGCUGUUAUCUCAUCUGAGCUUGCACAAAUAAAGGUUCACGCUUCCUCUCUGCUACCUCUCAGGGCUAGAAAUAGCAAAGCUCUUUAUCUUUGUCUAGGAACAGUUGUCGGAUCAGGUCGCAAAGUCGCAAUAUUCUCUCCUUCGGUUCUGUCAACUCUGAAUGCGCCGGUAGCGGAUUUAUUGCCUCUCCCUCAAGACUUUGAUCUUGCAACUGAAUCACAAGUGCUCCUUGGAACUCUUAUUGCCGAGAGCAUUAUUUCUGGCAUCAGAUGGCGCAUUUGGGUCCAUGAUGCCGAUGUUUUGCUAGCUAAGCUUAUUGCAAACGUGGCCGCCGCUCAAGGAAUUGACGUAUUCUUUAGCACAUCUUCGGAAGAAGACUGCAAUUUUGACCCCGCUCAAGUCUUCAUUCACUCAUAUGCCAACGAAAGAGAUAUUCUCUCUCUUCUUCCUGAGAAUAUUGAAGCUUUUGUGAACCUAGGGCAAGAAAACAGCGUCCUAACGCACAUAGUUGAGGGUUUUGAGAGCCCUAACGCAAUGAGAAGUGUGCGUGAAGAUGAUGCCAUAUUGUUCAAUUACGGCCGGGAUAAUGCCUCUAUCUCUGUAGCUGAGGUCAAGAAGCUGGCCGGCCAAGCUUCAUUGACAACCAUACUGAACUGGAAUGAUGCCGAGUCGGUGGAGUCCAAGAUCAGUCCUCUUAGACCGUCUGACCUUUUUGUGGCAAACAAGACAUAUCUUCUCGUUGGCUUAGCUUCUCAGCUGGGUAUGUCUGUCUGUGAUUGGAUGGUCAAGCAUGGAGCGCGAAAUUUGGUGGUCACCAGCCGAAGCCCAGGUAGAGUUGACACAGCGGUGUUGGAAGAUCUGAGACGCCGAGGUGCCAACGUCAAGGUUCUUCCCCUUGACAUUACCGACAAAGAAGGCUUGUUGAGACUACACAAAGAAGUCUCCGAGACAAUGCCACCAAUUGCCGGCGUGGCAAACGCUGCAAUGGUGUUGAACGAUAAGCUCUUCACCAACAUGUCUUUGGAAGACUUUGAAGUGGCAUUAAGGCCCAAAGUCAAGGGAACACAAAACCUGGAUGAGCUGUUCCACUCCACUCCUUUGGACUUCUUUAUUUGCUUCUCAUCUCUGACUUGCGUCAUGGGCAAUCCUGGACAAUCUAACUAUGCUGCGGCAAACAUGUACAUGCACUCUCUUGUGCGCCAGCGAAAGCAGAGGGGCGUUGCAGCGUCAAUCAUUGAUAUUGCUUUCCUCCUCGGUGUGGGCUUUGUCGACCGCAAUCUAGAGCAGUACGAGGACCACUUAAAGAAAUUUGGAUACAUGAGAAUAUCUGAACCAGAGUUCCACGGUGUCUUUGCUGAGGCCAUUGCUGCAGGACAGCCGACUUCCAAGGAGGAUCCAGAGAUCAUCAUCGGCAUCGGAGAGGAGCCCAAUGCGCCGUGGUAUAGCAAUCCUCGGUUUGCAACUUACGUGCGUCACGAGAGCAAUGAAGAAGACUCGGAUAAUCAACAGGCGCAAUCAUCACAGAGUGUCAAGGGCAGAUUGGCCGCAGCUAAGAAUAGCGAAGAUGCCUUGGCCAUAUUGCAGGGUGCCUGUGCAGAGAAGCUUGCCAUGAUUCUCCAAGUCCACGCUGAUGUCAUUGAUCAUUCUACUCCACUGUUAGUACUUGGAAUUGAUUCACUGGUAUCUGUCGAGAUUAGAUCCUGGUUUUUGAAAGAGGUGAAUGUCGACAUGCCGGUUCUAAAGAUCUUGAGCGGUGCUUCUCUCGCAGAGAUUUGCCAAGAUGCUCUGGUGCUGCUUCCACCGACACUGAUUUCCUCGGCUGAAACGAGUGCACCGACAACUGAUGCAGCUCCAGCAGUUAAUAAUGACUUGUUGAGUUCAGCGAAUAUGCAGAAGCUCAAGGUCCCGUCUUCAGCGCCCACCGAAGUGUCCACCUUGAAGAUGGAAGACAAUGCUAGUGCGCUAAUGUCCAGAGCUUCCACGGGAUCAUCUUCAGUCUCGGAGGUGACAUCAGUAGAGGAGCCUGUGUACGAACGAGUUAGCGAGAUGACUCCAGGUCAGAGCCGCCUGUACUUCCUAAACGUCUAUCUGGAGGAUAAGGCAACAUACAACGUCACAAUGUCUGGUAAAUUACAAGGCCCGUUCGAGAUGAGCAGACUCAAGAAAGCGCUCAGCACUAUUGUCAAAAAACACGAAGGUCUUCGAAGUUCCUUCUUUUUGAACGAUGCAACUGGCAAGGCUAUGCAAGGAGUUGGUAAAGAAGCGCGCAUCGCCAUAGAACACAAGAACAUCCAGGACAAUGGGGAAAUCCAGGCUACUCUUGAUGCUAUGAAGACCACAGAGUUCAACUUGGAGAGUGGAGUAUGGAUGAAGAUCCAAGUACUUUCUUUAUCCCGCACUCAGCAUCACAUUAUUUUCACCUUUCACCAUAUUGCCCUCGAUGGUGUCAGUUGGGCCAUUUUCCUCAGCGAGCUGAACAAGGCAUACGCGGGCGGCGAUUUUUCAUCUCCCGUUCAGCAAGCAAUUGACCUUGCCAAUAAGCAGCAACAAAAGGCGGCGCCUGAAAAGGUUCAGAAAGAGCUGCAAUUUUGGAAAGAUGUCUACGGCACUCUGCCUGAACCUCUGCCUCUGUUCCCCAUCUCUCGAGUGCAGUGUCGGCAGGUGCUAAAGUCUUAUGAUACAGAAACGCUUGAUGUGAUGCUCUCCAGAUCGCUGGUUAGCCAGAUCAAACAAGCCAGUGGAGAGAUGCAUGUGACACCCUUCCACUUCUACCUCUCAUCCAUCGCUGCAUUUGUAUCAAGGUGUCUUGGUGUGAAUGACUUCUCCAUUGGAAUUCUCGACGCAAACCGAGCGACUGCAGAGGACAUGACAACCAUCGGCUACUUCACCAACAUCCUACCUCUAAGAUUCAAGACGGAUGCCGACGAAAGCUUUAGCACGUUAGCAAAGCGAACUAGAGACAUCACCUUGGCUGCCCUGUCCAACUCGAAUGCCGAUUUUGACACGAUUCUAGACGUCCUUAAAGUCCCGCGAUCUGGUGACCAGAAUCCUCUUUUCCAAAUCGCUGUAAAUUACCGACUGGGAGGAUCUAGAACUAUGCCGCUUGGUAACUGCGAAAUUGAGUGGACAUCCACAACAGAUGCCCGUAACCCUUACGACCUCAUCAUCGACAUUUCAGAGAUUGCAGAGGGAACUAUCAUCUCGUUUACUACCCAACGCUACCUCUAUAGCGCUGAGGAUACUAACAAACUCUUGUCAUGGUAUACUCAUACUGUGGAAGGAUUUGCCAAUGACACUUCUAGGGAGGCACUGGACUGUCUUCUUGCGACUCCCUCUGAGAUCGAGAACGCCAUCUCUCCUGGUCGUGGUGAAAGUCUCGAGAUAGACUGGAAGACGCCCACUCUUGCGCACAAAGUUCAAGAAAUUGCAUCACAAUAUCCGGAAUCUAUUGCAGUCAAGGAUGGUUACGGUCAGCAACUUACCUAUGCUCAAAUGAUGCAGCGCGUUGGUCAGAUUGCCAGUGAGCUUUCCAAUCUCCCUGCAGGGUCUUACGUUGGAAUCCUCUUGCAUCCAGCUGCAGACUCAAUCUGUGCUCUGAUGGCCAUCUUAAUUUUAGGCUUGGUAUAUGUACCACUUGAUCUGAGAAAUCCAGAAGGUCGUCUUGCGGCCAUUGUGGCUGAUUGCAAACCGAGUGCCAUAAUCUACCAAGAAGAAACUCAGACCACAGCGGAGAAUCUCGCAUCUACCGUUGAAAAGAGCAAAGUCAAGCUGGUGUGCACUUCAAAACUACCUCAGGACGUCCAAUCUUCUAUUCAAUGUGUUGCCAACCCUAAUGCGCCUGGAUUCGCCAUCUAUACCAGUGGCUCGACUGGCACACCCAAAGGAGUUUUGCUCACUCACCAUGCUCUAUUGAACCAGAUUUGGGCCAUUUCAAAAGUCUAUCGCCUUGGCAAGGAGGUUGUUCUUCAACAAAGCUCAUCUGGCUUUGACCUCCACUUGGAGCAAAUAUUCAGUGCUCUGGCAAACGGCGGCACUGUUGUUGUGGCUUCAAAAGAAGCUCGGGGAGACGCCAUCGAGAUUGCCAAUCUGAUAUUCUCAGAGGGCGUAACUUAUACAGUCUUUGUCCCUUCAGAGUACCUAUACUUGCUUCAUUAUGGAUCUGAUGCACUCAAGAAGUGCGCAUCUUGGAAGUUUGCGUUUUCUGGAGGUGAAAAGAUUACUCCUCAGCUCCGCCACAGUUUCAAGAGGCUAGGUCUCUCAGACUUACAGCUUAUUAAUCUCUAUGGUCCUGCCGAGGCAAGUCUCUCAUGUACAAGAUAUACAGUCCCGUAUGCUACAGAUGACUCUGAGGCUGCUAGUCCAGCAGGCUUUGUACAGCCGAACUAUACCGUGGUAGUAGUCGAUGAGCGCGGAAAUCCGCUUCCAGUCGGCUUCCCGGGAGAAAUCUGCAUUGGAGGCGCUGGAGUUGCCUCUGGAUACGUCAACCGACCUGAGGAGACUGCAGCCAAAUUUAUCGCCAACACCAUUUCAUCAAGACAAGACGUUGCUGCUCGAGGAUGGGACAGGCUCUAUCGUACAGGAGAUAAGGGUCGCAUGCUUGAAAGCGGACUUUUGGACUUUAUGGGUCGAUUAGAGGGCGAUUCACAAGUCAAGAUUCGUGGAAUGCGCAUUGAGCUAGAAGAAAUUGGAAACAUCAUCAUCGAGUCAGCUGGGUCGGCUAUCGUGGAUGCUGCCGUGUCUCUUCGCAAUUCGGAUAUGAUUGCAGCCUUUGUUGUCUUUUCGGAUGAGUUCACUGAAGACAAGAACGUGUUCCUCAGCCAGCUUAGGGCCAAACUACCCCUACCAGCGUAUAUGUGUCCAACACACAUCCUUGCAAUUGAUCAGAUUCCGAGGAAUGCCAGUGGUAAAAAGGAUCGGUACAAGAUUAACAGUCUACCACUUCCAUCUGUGGUGAGUGGCGAUGGACACAAUGAGGGCCUCACCGACCUGGAAGCACAGGUGAUUGCUGUCUGGCAGGAUGUUCUUCCCGCAGCAAUCGAGCCCAUACAAUUGUCGCCCGAUUCAGACUUUUUCUUCGUGGGCGGUAAUUCUCUCCUUCUGCUAAAGUUACGCUCUGAGCUUAAAAUGGCUUUCAGCUGUGACUUGACAUUGCCAGAGUUGUUCCAAGUGAGCACAGUUCGUGAUAUGGCUUUAAAAAUUCAGGCAAAUGGGUCGGAGAACGAACUGCAAGGCCAAAGUAUUGAUUGGAACAAGGAACUGCGCUCUCUUUGCGAUGGUUUAGUGCCGCAAUCAUACCUAUCUUCAGCUAAAACAUCAGCAACGAAGUCAGGCCUUUCGGUCAUCUUGACUGGAGCGACUGGCUUUUUAGGACGACAUAUACUCCAACAUCUUGUCAAUGAUGAGAGAGUCGGGGAAAUACAUUGUGUUGCUAUACGAUCAGCAGCCAAUGGGGAACUAAGACAUGUCCAUAUAUCCAGUCCCAAAAUCAUCGAGUAUGCUGGUGACCUGGGAGACCGCAACCUCGGCUUGUCAUCUUCAGACUUCAAAGAUAUCGUUGCUCGAGCCGACGUUAUUAUCCACAACGGCGCAGAUGUAUCGUUCAUGAAGACAUACCGCUCUCUACGUCGACCAAAUGUUCUAUCUACUCGAUAUCUGGCCGAGAUGGCACUUGCGAGAUCAAUUCCAUUUCACUUUGUUUCUACUGCUUCCGUGGCAAGUUUUUAUGAUGGCAAGCAUCUACCUGAAACAUCAAUCCAGGGCCUAGACAAUCUUCCCAAAGAUGGCAGAAACGGAUAUGCAGCGUCUAAAUGGAUGAGCGAGGCGCUCCUGGAAUCACUUGCAGACAAUCACGGAGUACGCAGCUGGAUCCAUCGACCAACGAGCAUUAUUGGGGCUGAUGCACCAGACAUGGACAUUGUAGCAUCGUUGUACAAUUACUCCAAGCUGCUCAAAGCAGUGCCACGCUUCCCUAAGGCUGUCAGCGGCACAUUUGACUUUGUUUCCGUGCAAUCUGUAGCAAACAGCAUUGCUGAUGCAGCGGUCGCUUCCCAUCAUUGCAGCGAUGAAAAGGUGCCCCUUCAGGACUUUGCAAAGUACAUGGAAAAGACGGAGGGCGGCGUGUUUGAUGAGCUGGAGUCGAAGGUUUGGUUCGAGAAGGCACGCGAGGCUGGACUGAAUAGGCUUGUGUGCGAAUAUUUGGAGAGCACUGUUGGUGCUGGGGAAAUUUUGUCGCUGCCGACACUUUUGAAGGGGAAAAAUUAG